CGAACCUGCCUCAGCUACGGCUCCCGGCAAGGGCCAGCCCCGGCCGUUCUCCCGUCUCUGCCGGCCCUCUGCGGGCCGUUCCGGCCGGUUCUUUGCCCGGGCGCCUCAGUGCGCUCGGCCAACGGCCUUUGGGAGCGCCCACCCGAACGCCCCGGGAGCCGGCGGCGCCGGGGACCCACCCUCCAGCGGGUCCAGAGAAGCUGGGAGGCCGGAGGAGGAAAGCUCGGGCACCCGUCCGUCCGCCGAGCCUCUGACCUUCGCCUGCAGGACGAGGACCCUUGGAUGGUGCAGGAACACCCUGGGCCACGUCCUACAGCGUUAGAGGACAAAAGUGGCUCUAAAUCCAGCACAGGCACAUUGAAGCAAGUUAAAGGAUUUAAUAUGAAGCACAGAAGCAGAUAGUGCCAAAUAGCAAGCCAUAGUUGGUACACAUUUUUGGAAAAGCAGUGUCCGUGUUGUUAUGUACACCUCCCAAAAAGUUCAGAUCUGUAGGGGAAUUGUUGUAUAAAGUAAACUCAACUGCAGGGUAGCAGUAUCUUAAUAGCUGUUCUAGACGUGUAUUUACUGUAUUAAAAAUGAGUAAAAGAACAAGCAGAGACACACCAGUAGGAAGGGUGAGUGGGGCAGCAUUUCCUUCUCCCACUGCUGCUGAGAUGGCGGAGAUUAGUCGAAUUCAGUAUGAAAUGGAAUACACCGAAGGUAUUAGUCAGCAAAUGAGGGUCCCGGAGAAGUUAAAGGUAGCACCACCAAACGCUGACCUGGAACAAGGAUUCCAAGAAGGAGUUCCAAAUGCUAGUGUCAUUAUGCAGGUUCCAGAAAGGAUUGUUGUAGCAGGAAAUAAUGAAGACAUUCCAUUUUCAAGACCAGCAGAUCUUGACCUUAUUCAGUCAACUCCCUUUAAACCUCUGGCACUAAAAACACCACCUCGUGUGCUUACACUAAGUGAAAGACCACUAGAUUUUCUGGAUUUAGAAAGACCUCCUCCAACCCCUCAAAAUGAAGAAAUCCGUGCAGUUGGCAGGCUAAAGAGAGAGCGCUCUAUGAGUGAAAAUGCUGUUCGCCAAAACGGACAGCUGGUCAGAGCUGACUCCAUGUGGCACAGAUCAGAUUCUGCCCCAAGAAAUAAAAUUUCAAGGUUCCAGGCACCGAUUUCUGCACCGGAGUACACAGGUUGGAGCCUCACCAAAGAGGUUAUACCCUCACAGUUUGAGAAACAUUGUUCCUGUGAAAAUCCUUGGGGAAAGAGUGUGACACCGUCGCCACAACAGGUUCGGGUCUGUCCUCCCCAAAUGUUACCUGAAGAUGGAGCUAAUCUUUCCUCUGCUCGAGGCAUUUUGUCGCUUAUCCAGUCUUCCACCCGUAGGGCUUACCAGCAGAUCUUGGAUGUGCUAGAUGAAAAUCGCAGUGUGAGAAGACAAAAUGAAAUACGUUGUGAAAGACCUGUGUUGCGUGGUGGGUCUGCUGCCGCCACUUCUAAUCCUCAUCAUGACAACGUCAGGCAUGGCAUGUCACAUAUAGAUACAACAAUCGAAGGAACUUCGGAUGACAUGACUGUUGUAGAUGCAGCUUCGUUAAGACGGCAGAUAAUCAAACUAAAUAGACGUCUGCAACUUCUAGAAGAGGAGAACAAAGAGCGUGCUAAAAGAGAAAUGGUCAUGUAUUCAAUUACGGUAGCGUUCUGGCUGCUUAAUAGCUGGCUCUGGUUUCGCCGCUAGAGGUAACCUCAGCUCUCAAACAUAUUGUCUCAACAGCUGGAAAUAUAAAGAAUUUGCAAACUUCUUUGUUUCUGUCUUUGCGUUGUAUGCCGUUUUAUAGUCCAUGCCCUGAACAUGUAUUUCUUCCAGAAAGGAGGGGGGAAGGACUGAUAUUUGCAGAAGUCAAGGUAUAUUCUCUCAGCUGGAGUCACUUUUAAGCAGAUCCGCAGUAACAAACGCCUACUUAAAAUUCUCCCUUUGCAUGUUUUGUAAAUAGGCUCUAGUUUGUUUGUUUUUUUAAGGAAUUUUUGCCUCACCAGCCCGCACAAUUAAUUCUCUGAAUGGGAGAGAGAGUGCAUAGGGAAUGGAUGUAGAAAAGUAUCUGUAGAAGAAAAAUACUGCUUUAUUUUGUCCUGUUUUCAGACACUGUUAGAUUGAACAGUUUUGUUAAUGGACACUUUUGCAUUCACGUUUCAACAUUAACACUUCUGAAGUCAUGGUCUGGUGUCAGAUUUGAUAAAGUCAAGGCACUUCAUGUUUUCCAAUCACCUUCAUUAAGGUAAUUCCUAACAUUUCCAGCAGUUUAUCUAAUAUGUGUGUAAAAUGUGCGUUCUUAUUUUUAUUUUAGUUUUGCAGAUGAUUUUCUAUAAAGUAUGUUUUUACUAAGUCCCUGUGUGAAUGAUUUAAAAAACUACAGAAUAAGGUCCAAAUGUAGUGUAUUUAAUAAACUGUCAACUAAAGCAA